UCUGUAUAGGAAAUGUGCUAUGCAGAAUUUGAUAUAUCUAUAUUCUAAGUCACAAUUAUGCAUCACAGUUUAUUUGCAGCAAUCCACAUGUAAGAGUGUUCAUUUUGACUAUGACGAAUUGAAUUGAGAUGACCUGUAAAAUCAGACCUGUUAAGCAGCAUGCCACACAUGACAUGAUCCAUAAAUAGACUUUCAUUUAUUCCCACGUUUUCCGCAUAUUUGUUGACAGCACGUGUGUCACACGGCCACGUGACUUAAUAGUGAGCAACCGUUGCAGCCCUUUGACCAGACAGGUACAGCCUGAGUGUGUACACAGUGUAAGGUGGUGCUGCGCCAGUGCAGAUAACACUGGAGAUGCAUAUACGGUCACUGAAGGACACAGCUGUAACUUUGAAGUCAUUCUGGAUGACACCUACACAAUAGUGUUGGCAUCCUACAAGUGUUUCACUUCCCAAAGACUGGAUCUUACUGCACCCUAAAACAAAAGAUGAGGAUACAGGGACAGCCUGAGGGCGCAAGGAGGCGUCUGGAUCUAAAUGUGGUCGGUGAGCUCAGGAGCGUUGAGGUCAUCCGUGGUCGGGCAGGAUAUGGUUUUACUAUUUCUGGACAGAGGCCAUGUUUGUUGAGUGGCAUCCUGGAGGGAAGUCCUGCUGACCUGGUGGGACUUAAACAAGGAGAUCAAAUCAUGGCAAUCAAUGGAAAUGACGUGUCCAUAGCUGUGCAUGAGACUGUUGUGCAGUUGAUUGGCAGCUGCAAAGGACCCUUGCAGUUGGUGGUGCAUUCUGCCAGCCGAAUGUUGGGGAACCCCAUUCUUAAUGAUGUGAAGUUUGGGAUUGGCCAUAAAAGUGGUAUUUUCCAAAAGGCAGCUGUUCUUCGCACCAUAUCUGACGAUUCGAGCAAUUCCUCUUUUAACUCAAAUCAUGCAGUCACCAGCAAACAGAGGCCGGUAUCAGAACCUGAUAUGUCAGAUUGGUCUCAACAGUGGAGUGUUUUGGCUGAGCAGCUGAAGAAGGAAACAUCCAGAGUCGAGAACACAGACUCUGUUUUUACAGACCCAGAAGACGUCACCCCGGACUGGAGUGUGUUAAACAUGACCUUAGUGGUUGGAUACCUUAGCUCCACAGAGCUGAUUUUGAACACUACAGAGUCAGAAGAGGACAGUUUGAAGGUCAUUAGGGAGCAAAUACGACAGUUGGGAACAGAGCAGGAUACCCAUACUCUGGUGAUGAUGAAAAUAAUGUUUGACUGUAUCCGCCUUUGUGAUGACAUGGGAGCUGUUUUGGCAGCUUUCCCUGCUGAAAACAUUGUCCUAGGAGCUGUGUGUGCUGAGGACCAACGGUUCUUUUGCUUGGUCACUACAGCACAUAUAACAGAUGGCCAUGUACCUGAGGAUGGUCCUCUUCGGGCCUCCUGCCAUGUGUUCUUUAUUGACCCAGAGCUGGGAAACCACGAGGACCACAAAGGGAUUGCUGGACGUUUUGGCUUUGUCUGCACUCCAGAUCCAGAUGCUAUGGGUUGCCUGGAGUUCCCUCAAACUCCUCCAGAUGUCCUUCACUUUGUCACUGUUCUGUACAGUUACAUAGGGGAGGCAGUGGAGAGGCUGAGAGUAAAACUGGACGUGGAGGCUCAGCAGCAAGCCAAGGAGAAUGGUAGCACUGACAAACUAGGCAGCGCUAGCAGCAAUGGGGACAGUGGAAUUGGAAAUGCUUCCCCCCCUGAGGAGAGAGCAGAUAGGGAUUUCCCUUCUGCAAUCCAAGCCCACCCUGGGUCCCACCUCCCCAGCUGUCCAUGGGAUUAUCCUCUGACUGAAGACCUUAGUCCAAUCAACCUUUCUGAGAAUAACCAAAAAUGUAAUCCAGAGAACAGUGCCAGUACACAUUCCCUUUCAGAAUCACUAGCUGGGCCUGAUUCACUAACCAGCUUCUACGGAGGUCCCCCACCAAGGCUUGAGUUCCAGUUUAAGCCCCCACCACCUCCUCUGCCUUUGGGUAAAAAAUCAACCUCAUUUGCAGAGUCUUUAAGAGGUAGCCAACGGUGGUUCUCAAAAUCAAAGUGGCCAAAAAUGCCUAACGAUUCUGACCCUGAAGUGAUCAACAACUGCUCCUCUUGUGUUAACCUAAGCUCAGGCACAAAUACCCUGCCUCCCCCCAUGCACCAGAUUCCUCCAGACAGGUACCAGUCAGCAGAGGUCAUGAUGCUGCCACCCAGAGAGGAAUGGACCAAAAGGUUUCUUGAGCAGAGAGAAAAACAGCGCAGCGAUAUUAAUACCAAAAAUGGCUCCAGGUUUUGGGGAAGGGGUUUUGUUCGUGCCUCAAAACGGCGCUCUACCAAACGUCUCAGCCUGGCGCGGUCACUGGACGACCUUGAGUCUGCUGCUUCUUCAGAUGGCGAUUAUAGUGGAGUUCAGUUGCAGGGAUGCUGUAGCCAGAGCAGCCUGAACAGUAAUGGCAGUCUUCCAGGAGUGGGCCGCCAUCGAGGGGUUUCAGAUCAGCGUGUGGCCAGCUGGGCUGCCUGCUUCGAACGUCUCCUCCAGGAUCCCGUGGGUGUGCGCUACUUCUCUGAAUUUCUCAAGAAAGAAUUCAGUGAGGAGAAUAUCUUGUUCUGGCAGGCCUGUGAAUUCUUCAGUCAGGUCCCUGCAACUGAUAAAAAGCAGCUUUCUCAGAGAGCAGGAGAGAUCUACAACAGCUUUCUGUCCAGCAAGGCCACCAUGCCGAUCAAUAUCGACAGCCAAGCCCAGCUGGCUGACGACGUCCUCACCUCGCCACGUCCCGACAUGUUCAAGACCCAGCAGCUACAGAUCUUCAACCUGAUGAAGUUUGACAGCUACUCGCGAUUCCUUAAGUCCUCACUUUACCAGGAGUGUGUGCGUGCUGAGGUGGAAGGUCAGCCAUUGCCGGACCCCUACCAGAUCCCCUGUAGUCCUGCACCAUCCAAACACAGUGCCAGCUCUGACCGCUCCACCAUUUCCACCCCGAAAAAGGAGGCCAGAAAGCAGAGGUCAGGGAGGUCGGUGAAUGAAGACAGCAGAGAUGAAAGUGCCGACAAGAAACGCGGGAUCUUCUUCUCGUGGUCGCGCAACAGGAGCUUUGGAAAGGGUCCGAAAAAGAAGGAAAUAGGAGACAUUAACCUCGACUACUGGGGCAGUAAUGGGCGGAGGGAGUCACAGGGCUCCUUGUCGUCCGGUACCAGUCUGGAGAUGGCCACUUCCUGCUCUGCUGGCAAGAUCGAGUCGGAUAAUCGCCACUCAGUCGGAGCCUGGGAGCGCUCCCCUAAACUUUGCAGCGUGAUUCUGCCUGAUGGUUCCUGCUCUUCUAUCAGCCUUCGACCUGGUGCCUCCAUUAGGGAAGUCCUCCAUGAUCUCUGUCAGAACAUUAGCGUCAACAUUGCUGCUGUCGACCUCUUCCUGGUGGGAGGGGAGAAGCCUUUGGUGUUGGACCAAGACUGUAUGACCCUCAGCUCACGAGACCUGAGAGUGGAGAAGAGGACCUUGUUUAGAUUGGACCUGGUACCCAUUAACCGCUCCGUGGGCCUGAAAGCCAAACCUACGAAACCAGUCACUGAAGUCCUACGUCCUGUGGUGGCAAAAUAUGGCCUCCACCUCAGUGAUCUUGUGGCCAAAAUAAGCGGAGAAACUGAGCCUUUGGAUCUGGGUGCACCCAUAUCGACUCUGGACGGCCUGAGAGUUGUGCUGGAUCGAGCAGACCCGACUUCGGGGAAAGACAAACCCAAGUCUUCCUCCCUAAAAAUCCACCCAUCUACGAGGAGUCUCUCUGCAACAGGAGAUGAGAGGUCAACACCAAAGGACUUUUCUGUGAGAGCAAGUGGACCAGACUCAGCACUCCCAGGGGAAAAAAGAAAACAGAAAAAGAUUAAUAUAGAUGAAGCUGAAGAAUUCUUUGAGCUGCUGAGCCGGGCGCAGAGCACCCGAGCCAACGACCAGCGUGGACUCCUGAACAAAGAAGACCUGGUGCUUCCUGACUUCCUGCGUCUGACUCCACCCACCUCCUCCUGCUCCAUCUCCUCUGACUUGGCAUGCUCCACUCCUGAUUGUCUAAAACAGAGCAGAGAGAACGGUGUCUCCUCACGGGGCGCCCUCACCUCCAGCCUUCGUUCGGAGAGCUUGGACUCAUCCCUCAGCUCCAAUGCUAAUGGACCCUCUGGGACUAGGCGGUGCCUGCUGCCCCCUCCCCGUCACCCAAGUUUUGGCACCCACCUGUCCCCCAUCUCCCGCCCCACAGACACCCGGUCAAGCCUCCGCACUGUGGAGGAGGACACCCACGCCGACCUGACACUUGUGGGCGAGGGCGACAUCAACAGCCCCAACAGCACAUUGCUGCCCUCGUCACCAUCGCCCAUGCCAUCCUUCGACAGCAGUCUGCCAGAAGCCAACUUCACUCCGCCACCGCCCUGCUCCCAGUCUCAAGACGCAGGUGAAGAGGGAAAGUCCAGUUCAGAAGGAAGAACAGAACCAACUCCCAGUGUCAAAUCAUCUGCUGACAGACCUGAUGCUGCACAGACAGUUCAGGAGGUGAUGGAUGUGGAGGGAGUGCAUCUAGAGGAGGGGACGCUGGAAACGCCCCGGGGAGAGGACUCUGAACUCAGCCUGAGCUUCCAGGGCUACGUCGCUGAGCUGCGUCAGUGCCAGAGCAAGAUGAGGACGACCCAGCCGCCCCCGAACGGCCGCAAUCCACCAGAGGGCAACGACUGCAAGACAGAACUGUACAAGGCCACAAUUGUCUAAAGGGAACCCCCACUGCUGCACUUUUUAAGCCUGAGGCACUGUCCGUGGAAGGAGAGUUAGUAAAACUGAUGGGCUGCAUGUAGAGAGAUGUCAAUUGCCACUCCAAAAUGUCAACAGUAUGGUGAUAGAUAUUGUAUAUUUUUAAUGAAUUUCUGGUGUUUUGUUGUUGAUUUCAAGUACUAGUUGUAAUUUUGGGACAGUGGUAUGUUUUUGUUAUGGUAUAGUUUAAUAAUUAGGCACAAAGCAAUUGUGUCAUGAGCCAUUUUUGGGUGAGGACAGCCAUGGAAGAAGCGCACAAUCUGUUUUUGAUUCCACUUUCUGAUGAGGCACACAGGGAUUUUGCAAAACAAAAGUAAAAGAAAAGCCAUUGCGUGCAAAUUAGCCUCGAGUGAUUUGAACUAUGGAACACGUAAUAGCCAAAGGGAUUAACCAUUAAUUCAGCGAAUUAUCCCAGUAUUUAUUGUAUUUUUUUUUUUUCUCGUCUAAGGAAGCCUGAGAGGCAGAUGAAAGUUCCAGAACAGGCUCAACAUUUUUCCUCAUUAUCAACGUUUUUGUUUAAUAAAAGCAAUGCAUUAGUAUUAUCAUCAUAAAAUGUACUUACAUAUUUAUUUCAAUAACACUCAUAUGUUUGAUAUGCUUACUCAAAACAAGUUAGAAUUGGCUUUAGCUUCAUUCAAUUUUCUCUUAAUGAAAUACAAAAAUGAAAAUGUCUUUCAAAAGUCAGAGGGGAGAAGGAUGUGUGCUUGAGCACCACCUAGGGAAUAUCAAUUAAUGGGAAAAAUAAAUGAAUGAUACUACUUAUAAAAAUGUAUUUCAAACUAUUUCCAGGAUCUUUUACUCAGCCCAUUGAAGUGUGCCCUGUUAGAAAGUGGUAACAAAAGUUGUUGGAUUAUAUGUUUGGCGAUACUGUGUUUAUGGAAUCAAAAGGGAGGAAAAAAAGAAAUCACACUUGACUUGGAUAUUUAAUUAUUUCCUGUUUAAAUCUUCUUCUUCCUAUGUGUUAGAGGUGAUACACAGCAGUACCUUUAUUGUCUGUACUUUCUUCUUCUGUGGUUUUGAGGUUGUCCAAAUAUUGAAUGAUUAAAAAGCUUUCAUGGCUGUAACUCCAAGAAAA